AUGGGAGUGCCUAUGGUUAAGAAGUGUUGUUGCUGCGCUAAUUUACACACUGGUACAUUGAUCAUAGGCUAUUUAUAUGCGAUCUGGUCUCUGUUGGAGCUGGUGGUAUACGUGUUGCUGGUGAGGUUGGCUCCUCUGGGAACAGUCGGCGUGGUCUCCUCACACAAGUACAUCUUCUACGGGACCGCAGCUAUCGUUAGCGGAGUCACACUCUUCUGUUCCUUGCUGCUUAUCCUCGCUGCAUAUAAGAAGCUUCCAUUCCUGACGCUACCCUGGACUAUAGUGACGGGCAUCCUGACGGCCGUGUUCUUCGUGCUCUGCCUCACCGGGAUCAGUCUCAUCCUGCAGGACACGGGGGAGAUGCUGGAGAUAGAGAUCAUCAUCAUCAUCGUUCAUCUCACUAGAGCUUGUAUAUCAGUGUACUGUAUCAUCGUGGUUCACAGCAGACACAAACAGAUAAUGUAUGAAGAUGAUGAGAACCGGUUCCAGAGAUCAGCACGGAGGUACCAGCCGGUGGAGAUUAGGGAUGUGGCCAUGUGA